AGAAACCCACAGUGACGGACGAGGAGUAACGAGGGAUGGGAGCUCAGGAGAAAGAGGAGGAAGCUGCUCCUCCGGCGGGGAAGAAACAGAAAACCUCCAAAGAAGUUUAUUUCUCCGUCCUACCGGAUAAAUACGAACCUCUGAUUGAGGAGGUGGAGGAGGAGAGAGAGGAGAUGCCGGAGGAGAGGAGGAAGAGGAAGGAGGAGAAGAAGAGGAAGAAGAAGAAGAAGUAUAAGAAGUACAGGAAGAACAUCGGGAAGGCGGUGCGAUUCAGCUGGCGGUGUCUGAUGGCGGGGUUACAGAGCAUGGCGUCCACGUACUCCACGCCUCUCUCAGCCAUGGCCACAGUGGUGACGGAGGUUAACCGAACAGCUAGCAGCAAAGCAUGAUGGUCCUGUGACUGGUCCAUGCUUGUGAUGAGAAGAAAAAAUGAAUUGGGUUUUAUUAUUUCACUGGUUAAAUUGACACUUUUAAUAGAAAUUUAAAAAGUCUUAACUGUUGUUUAUAAGGAUGAAGGAAUUUGUUUUUUUAAUCAAUGAUGAAAGAAUAUGUAGAAUUUUGCAAUUAAUUUAAAUUUUAAAAUGUAAUUUUUAAUUCUUUACUAUUCAAAUGUGACCACAAACACAUAUGACCCAAAUAGUCCUUCAUUUAUCCAUUAGAAAAUGUCUUUUUAUACUUUAUACUGUUUACUGAGUAAUUCUAAAACAGAUGUGUUUACCUUGAGUUUGUAUUAUGUAUUCAUAAUCUGACUUUUUGUGAUGUAUACUAUCAUUUUGUGUCUGAAAUGCCAAUUUUAUAUUAUAUGUUUUUAAUAAACAAAUACAACACAUAUUGUGUACUACUUAAAA